AUGCCUGGUCCUGGAGACUAUACUGUUGGCUGGAUCUGUGCCGUUGAGACUGAGUAUGUCGCUGCGCGAGCUUUUCUCGACGAGAUUCACCCAGGGCCGUCCUCUAUUUCACGCCAUGACAACAAUGCCUAUACUCUGGGGAAAAUCGGCAACCACAACGUUGUCAUGGCCGUCGCGCCUGAUGGCGAAUACGGCAUAACCUCUGCUGCAGCCGUUGGCCGGAACAUGUUGCACAGCUUCCCAAACAUCAGGAUUGGACUGAUGGUUGGAAUAGGCGGCGGCGUGCCCGGUACUAAGAACGACAUCGGACUUGGUGACAUCGUUCCCCCAGCACUGCUGAGAACAGCAAUCAACUACUUGAAGGCCGUCUAUCAGACAGAGGGGCAUGGUCUUGAGCAGUCCAUCUUAUGCGCCUUGAGCCUGAAGCCGAGGCUGCAAGCAAAGUACGGACGACCAAGUCCGGCCAGUGACCGGCUCUUCCGUAGUGACUAUGUUCACCCCACUGAUACCUAAAGACUAGAGGCAAUAUAUAUAUCUAGCUAUGA